AUGGGCAACCAGCCCAUGUCGCCCCGGCCCUCGGCGCCAGCCGGGCUCACAGAAUGGCCAGCCGGGCUCACCUCGGAAGAGUUUUUGGGCUGCGACAUCAAACACCAAACGAACAGUCCGCGCGAGUGCGGAGUGCUCUCCACCAUCGCCUCGCCGCCCGGGGUCGGGGUGGCCAAGUCCACGCGCGACCAGGCGGCCAGGACGGCGCUCUUCGUGUCGGACGCGGACCGCACCGCGGUCUCGCGGCAGCCGAAGCCCAACUUCUCGGUGGACCUCCCGGCGACAAGCCGUGUGUCGCGGCCGGGCCUAUAG